AUGGAGAGUGGAUAUAGAAGCAUUCAAGGAUUAAAACCAUUAAAGGCAUUGAAUAUGGACAGGGAACUGAUUCCAUACCAUACAGAAAAGGAAAUAGAAUGGAAUCUUAAUUUUUUGAAGACAAAGCUUGAUGUGGAUAGUCCUUUUGUAGAAACAGAUACAAAUCUUUAUGGUUCCAUAAGAGAAUCCUUGGAGAGUGUCAGCCUUUCUGAUCUUACAUGGCGAGAUCCACUGGUGAGUAUGGUUAUCAAUGAUGACUCUGAUAUAGUAAUGAAUUUGAGAAAUAGGCAGAAGGAACCAUGUGAAAAUAUGAGAUGUGAUAUGUUGGUUUCAAUUACCUCCAAGUGUGAUGAGUUUGUGGAGCACUUUGAUGAUUUGGAUAUUUCAAGGAAUAAUAAGAAUAUUUUUCACAAUAAAACAUUGAAAGAGGAUGAAACCAAACUGGCAAAAAGAACUGAACGUAUUCUAAACAUAUGCUACCUUGGUCCUCAAAGCUCUAAAAAAAGACAAAAAUAUGCCCGCCCUCAUAUUGAAUGGAAUCAGGCAGAUUUCAACGAUGUUCCCACUUCUCCGAGUUCUCGAAAUGGCAUUGCAGGCCAAAACAAGGGUGAAAUUAUCACAAAUCUUAUGGCAAAUGGUGCAAGAAACCAUAAUAAUGUUGUAUUUAUAUUCCAAAAUGGCACUGCCAUUGGAGCAUGGGUUGGGCAAUCAAUCAACCAGGCAUUCCAAAUGUCUGCACUUCAGUCACCAGAAUUAACCAGAUUAUUAUUGAAUGUGAUGAAUGUGACACAUGCACACCCUCAACAUUUGAUAUUGAGAACUUUUCAUAUUGUUUUGGCUUUUGAUUUCAAACAUAUUAAUAAAGACAAGUUAUCAUCAUCAGGUCUUGUUCCUUAUCUACGUAAAUUACAUUCAACUCAAGGUCAUUUAGUAAAGCCUGGAGGACCACUUUUUGAGAAUACUAUUUCUGUGACAGAUCCUCUGAUUAUAAAAUCAACAUUAUCAAUAGGUGAUAGACCUAAUUUUUUGUUCAAAUUUUUGGAACCAAUGUUUGGGCAAGAUAAUUUACAAAUAUUUGAAGCUGAUAGAGCUGCCAAAUUUUCUUUUCCUGGAGUAGAUGAUUUGGCACAUUCUGCAGAUUUCAACGAUGUUCCCACUUCUCCGAGUUCUCGAAAUGGCAUUGCAGGCCAAAACAAGGGUGAAAUUAUCACAAAUCUUAUGGCAAAUGGUGCAAGAAACCAUAAUAAUGUUGUAUUUAUAUUCCAAAAUGGCACUGCCAUUGGAGCAUGGGCAUUCCAAACGUCUGCACUUCAGUCACCAGGAUUAACCGGAUUAUUGAAUGUGAUGAAUGUGACACAUGCACACCCUCAACCGCAUUCGAUAUUGAGUACUUUUCAUAUUGCUUUUAAUAGUUAUACUGCAAGGGCGGAUGAUGUACGUGAUUGGGAAAAUGUUCUAGCUAAAUAUAAUCGACUUUCUACUAUUGGUGUUAUAAUAGCACCGUCUAAAAAUAAUUUUACUUUUGAAGCAAAAAAAGAAGCCAAAGCAUCUGGUCACAAUAUUAUCCUGACAGAUAAAUUUAAUGUUGGUCCAGAUGUAGAAUUGUUCGUUGACAGAAUCUCUAACAGCAGCAUUAACAAUUAUAACAACUUUUUAAAAAGACAUGUUGAAAAUUUAGAAUUAGGCAACUCGCAAAAUGAGUUACUUCAACAAGUAUUUCAACUGAACAAAAGCACAUCAGCUUCAGCUCAACGAAAUAAAUCAGCUCGACAAAAUGAAAGUGAAUUAGCUCAACAAAAUGAUUUGGCCCAACCUAAACUACCAACCCAAUCAUCUGCUCCAAAUAAAAUGGAAGAUGAUCUUAGUGAACUCGAACUCGAACCAUUAAAAAAGAAAAGAUCUAGACAACCUAAAUCAUCCACUUUAAAUAAAAAGAAAGAUGAUAACGGCGAACUUGAAGAUGACUCUAAACUACCAGCGAAAAAAAGAUCUAGACAAACCAAAUCAUCUACUCCAAAUAAAAAUAAAGUUGAUAGUGAUGAACUUGGUACAAAAAAGAGACCUAAACAAACUAAAUCAUCUGCAAAAAAAAAGAACGAUGAGGAUAUUAUUGAUAGUGAUGAACUUGGUGAACUUGAAGAUGACUCUAAACCGCCAGCAAAAAAAAGAUCCAGACAAACUAAAUCAUCUACUCCGAAGAAAAAGAAUGACGAAGAUAUUAUUGAUGGUGGUGAACUUGAAGACGAUCUUAAACCAUCAACAAAAAAGAGACCUAAACAAAUUAAAUCAUCUCCUACUAAAAAAAAGAAUGAAGAAGAUAUCAUUAAUAGUGAUGAACUUGGUGAACUUGAAGAUGACUCUAAACCACCAGCAAAAAAAAGAUCCAGACAAACCAAAUCAUCUACCCCAAAGAAAAAGCAUGACAAAGAUAUUAUUGAUGGUGGUGAACUUGAAGACAACACUAAACCAUCAUCAAAAAAAAGACCUAAACAAACUAAAUCAUCUCCUACUAAGAAAAAGAAUGAUGAAGAUAUCAUUAAUAGUGAUGAACUUAGUGAAGUCGAAGACGAUCCUUUACCAUUAAAAAAGAAAAGAUCUGGACAAACUAAAUCAUUUACUCCAAAGAAAAAAAAUGACGAAGAUAUUAUUGAUAGUGAUGAGCUCGGCGAAUUUGAAGACGACCCUAAAUCAUCAAUGAUGGAAGGAUCUGGACAAACUGAAUCAUCUACUCCGAAUAAAAAGAAUGACGAUAGUGAUGAACUUAGUGAAGUCGAAGACGAUCCUAUACCAUUAAAAAAGAAAAGAUCUGGACAAACUAAAUCAUCUACUCCAAAGAAAAAAAAUGAAGAAGAUAUUAUUGAUAGUGACGAACUUGGUGAAUUUGAAGACAACCCUAAAUCAUCAAUAAAGGAAGGAUCUGGACAAACUGAAUCAUCUAUUCCAAAUAAAAAGAAUGACGAUAGCGAUGAACUUAGUGAAGUCGAAGAUGAUCCUAUACCAUUAAAAAAGAAAAGAUCUGGACAAACUAAAUCAUCUACUCCAAAGAAAAAGAAUGAUGGUGAUAAACUUGAAGACAAUCCUAAACCAUCAACGAAAAAAAAGCCUCGAAAAAAUAAUGACAAAUCAUCAAACAACAAUAAAGAAGAAAUAACAAUUAAAAAUUUGAAAUCCUUUAUUGUAAAAUGUGGAGUUCGUAAAAUCUGGUCCAAAGAAUUGGCAGGAUGUGAUGAUACAAAAAGUCAAAUUAAGAAAUUAAAAAAAAUUCUCGUGGAAUUAGGGGUGGAGGGACGACCAACAAACGAAAAAUGUAAGAUAGUAAAAAAUCAUCGUGAUCUAGAAGCAGAAUUGAAAUCAAUGGAUAUUGACAACAUUAUUUCUGAUGAUGUUAAAGAAUCAAGGAAAGCACGAGCGUCUAUGGGAACAUUUAAUCAUACUGACAUUAAAAAACUUGCAAAAAAAAGCAAGACAAGUAUCUACCUUGGUCCUCAAAGCUCUAAAAAAAGACAAAAAUAUGCCCGCCCUCAUAUUGAAUGGAAUCAGGCAGAUUUCAACGAUGUUCCCACUUCUCCGAGUUCUCGAAAUGGCAUUGCAGGCCAAAACAAGGGUGAAAUUAUCACAAAUCUUAUGGCAAAUGGUGCAAGAAACCAUAAUAAUGUUGUAUUUAUAUUCCAAAAUGGCACUGCCAUUGGAGCAUGGGCAUUCCAAACGUCUGCACUUCAGUCACCAGGAUUAACCGGAUUAUUGAAUGUGAUGAAUGUGACACAUGCACACCCUCAACCGCAUUCGAUAUUGAGUACUUUUCAUAUUGCUUUUAAUAGUUAUACUGCAAGGGCGGAUGAUGUACGUGAUUGGGAAAAUGUUCUAGCUAAAUAUAAUCGACUUUCUACUAUUGGUGUUAUAAUAGCACCGUCUAAAAAUAAUUUUACUUUUGAAGCAAAAAAAGAAGCCAAAGCAUCUGGUCACAAUAUUAUCCUGACAGAUAAAUUUAAUGUUGGUCCAGAUGUAGAAUUGUUCGUUGACAGAAUCUCUAACAGCAGCAUUAACAAUUGGGCGGAUGAUGUACGUGAUUGGGAAAAUGUUCUAGCUAAAUAUAAUCGACUUUCUACUAUUGGUGUUAUAAUAGCACCGUCUAAAAAUAAUUUUACUUUUGAAGCAAAAAAAGAAGCCAAAGCAUCUGGUCACAAUAUUAUCCUGACAGAUAAAUUUAAUGUUGGUCCAGAUGUAGAAUUGUUCGUUGACAGAAUCUCUAACAGCAGCAUUAACAAUUAUAACAACUUUUUAAAAAGACAUGUUGAAAAUUUAGAAUUAGGCAACUCGCAAAAUGAGUUACUUCAACAAGUAUUUCAACUGAACAAAAGCACAUCAGCUUCAGCUCAACGAAAUAAAUCAGCUCGACAAAAUGAAAGUGAAUUAGCUCAACAAAAUGAUUUGGCCCAACCUAAACUACCAACCCAAUCAUCUGCUCCAAAUAAAAUGGAAGAUGAUCUUAGUGAACUCGAACUCGAACCAUUAAAAAAGAAAAGAUCUAGACAACCUAAAUCAUCCACUUUAAAUAAAAAGAAAGAUGAUAACGGCGAACUUGAAGAUGACUCUAAACUACCAGCGAAAAAAAGAUCUAGACAAACCAAAUCAUCUACUCCAAAUAAAAAUAAAGUUGAUAGUGAUGAACUUGGUACAAAAAAGAGACCUAAACAAACUAAAUCAUCUGCAAAAAAAAAGAACGAUGAGGAUAUUAUUGAUAGUGAUGAACUUGGUGAACUUGAAGAUGACUCUAAACCGCCAGCAAAAAAAAGAUCCAGACAAACUAAAUCAUCUACUCCGAAGAAAAAGAAUGACGAAGAUAUUAUUGAUGGUGGUGAACUUGAAGACGAUCUUAAACCAUCAACAAAAAAGAGACCUAAACAAAUUAAAUCAUCUCCUACUAAAAAAAAGAAUGAAGAAGAUAUCAUUAAUAGUGAUGAACUUGGUGAACUUGAAGAUGACUCUAAACCACCAGCAAAAAAAAGAUCCAGACAAACCAAAUCAUCUACCCCAAAGAAAAAGCAUGACAAAGAUAUUAUUGAUGGUGGUGAACUUGAAGACAACACUAAACCAUCAUCAAAAAAAAGACCUAAACAAACUAAAUCAUCUCCUACUAAGAAAAAGAAUGAUGAAGAUAUCAUUAAUAGUGAUGAACUUAGUGAAGUCGAAGACGAUCCUUUACCAUUAAAAAAGAAAAGAUCUGGACAAACUAAAUCAUUUACUCCAAAGAAAAAAAAUGACGAAGAUAUUAUUGAUAGUGAUGAGCUCGGCGAAUUUGAAGACGACCCUAAAUCAUCAAUGAUGGAAGGAUCUGGACAAACUGAAUCAUCUACUCCGAAUAAAAAGAAUGACGAUAGUGAUGAACUUAGUGAAGUCGAAGACGAUCCUAUACCAUUAAAAAAGAAAAGAUCUGGACAAACUAAAUCAUCUACUCCAAAGAAAAAAAAUGAAGAAGAUAUUAUUGAUAGUGACGAACUUGGUGAAUUUGAAGACAACCCUAAAUCAUCAAUAAAGGAAGGAUCUGGACAAACUGAAUCAUCUAUUCCAAAUAAAAAGAAUGACGAUAGCGAUGAACUUAGUGAAGUCGAAGAUGAUCCUAUACCAUUAAAAAAGAAAAGAUCUGGACAAACUAAAUCAUCUACUCCAAAGAAAAAGAAUGAUGGUGAUAAACUUGAAGACAAUCCUAAACCAUCAACGAAAAAAAAGCCUCGAAAAAAUAAUGACAAAUCAUCAAACAACAAUAAAGAAGAAAUAACAAUUAAAAAUUUGAAAUCCUUUAUUGUAAAAUGUGGAGUUCGUAAAAUCUGGUCCAAAGAAUUGGCAGGAUGUGAUGAUACAAAAAGUCAAAUUAAGAAAUUAAAAAAAAUUCUCGUGGAAUUAGGGGUGGAGGGACGACCAACAAACGAAAAAUGUAAGAUAGUAAAAAAUCAUCGUGAUCUAGAAGCAGAAUUGAAAUCAAUGGAUAUUGACAACAUUAUUUCUGAUGAUGUUAAAGAAUCAAGGAAAGCACGAGCGUCUAUGGGAACAUUUAAUCAUACUG